UUUUGCCCAUAGCAGAGAGCUAGCGAUAGGACAAGACGAGACGGUCUUCUGAAUCUGUGUUCUGAAUGUCAUACAAUCUUAAAUAUUCAUUGAUUUACCAAUAAUUUCUAUUGAAAAUAUCGGGAAAAAUAUGCCGGUCAGUCGCUUAGAUGUUAUCUACCGAAAAUUAUUACUGACAAAAUUUUUUACCAAGGGCUGGGGUGUACCUGCACAUCUGGAAAGGCUAUUUAACUUUAGAAAAAUCAUGUCGAAUAGGGAAACAUGCUGCGAACUUGUGCCAAAAGACUAUCCUAUCACUAUCAUUAAUUCCCAGAAAUACUCUGACUGCCAUAUUGUUGAAGGAAAAUUUCGUAGCCCCUUUGCGUUGCAUCUGCCAGGUCUUGUUUCUCCUGAAGUGCAAGAUGCCUUCUUCCAAAUGGUUUUGCCUUUGCAAUGGAGCUCAGACUAUAAACCUAUGUGUAUUCACCUGGCUGGUACUGGGGAUCAUUAUUUCUGGAGAAGAAGGAAUAUAAUGGCAAAGCCCUUAUUAAAGGCUGGCAUUGGAGCAAUCAUUUUAGAAAAUCCUUUUUAUGGACUCCGAAAACCUAAAGACCAAAUUAGGUCUAGUGUGCAUUAUGUAUCUGAUAUUUUUGUAAUGGGUGGUUGUCUAAUUUUAGAAUGUCUGGUUUUACUUAACUGGUGCGAACGGCUUGGUUUUGGACCACUUGGUGUGACUGGAAUAUCCAUGGGAGGCCACAUGGCUUCUCUUGCAGCAACCAAUUGGCCAAAACCUUUAGUGCUAGUUCCUUGUUUAAGUUGGUCAACUGCUUCAUCAGUUUUCACCGAGGGUGUAAUGAGUGAAUCAAUCAACUGGGACAUGCUUCAAGAUCAAUAUAUGAACGAUCAGUUGUACUGUGAACAAUUAUCGAAAGCCUGUAAGAUAGUUGAUGAUCCUUUUGCCUGUAAUCUGAGCAAAAGCUUCACAGACUCUCAAGUUCAAUACGGAAUAGACCUGGCUGAAGAACUCAAAGCAAGUUACGUAACCCCUUAUGAGCUAGUCAAUGUAAUAAAAAUGAACGAUGUUGCUGAGUCGAGUUGUCAAGCUAUUACAGAUAAAGCCAGCAGUGCAGCAAAGGAAAAAAUUAUUUCAAGAAUAAGUAGUAUUAAAAAUAUACCUCCGUUUAUUCCCAGUAAGAAUAUUAUUGAAAUGAAGAAACGAGCGAAAGAGGCUUUGUGGUUUAUGAGAGGCAUGAUGGAUGAAUGUACGCAUUUGAAGAAUUUUUCGGUGCCCGUAGACACUUCUCUUGUUAUAUCAAUAACUGCCAAAACCGACGGGUAUGUUCCUAGACGAGGGGUAUCAAAAUUGGACGAAAUAUGGCCUGGAGCCACUGUUAAGUAUUUGGACUGUGGACAUGUUGGCGCAUAUAUUUUUUAUAGGAAUAUUUUUAGAGAUGCAAUUAUAGAAGCGUUCAAUAAAGCGAAAAAACAAACCUCCCCAUCAUCACCAGCUAUUCACGACAUAUAGACAUAAAUUAGUAGAUUUUUAAUUGUUGACCUCAGGUGCCUAUUAACAGGUGUUUCAAUUGAACUGUACCUGAUCAAGUUGUCAAAAUAUGGUUGUGAUAUGUUUGAGAAAAUAUAUAUUGUAUAUAAAGAAUAUAAAUAUUAAUUGCGCUCAAA